CUUCUUUCCAGAGUUUCGUCAGGCCGGUGUUCUUCUUGCUCUUAUUCGUUGAUAUUCACUUGCAAGAAAGUCACUCAGGUAGAAAACAGACCCACUAUUAGUAGCGCAGAAUAAUGCAGCUACAAGCCAUCGGAAUAUGUGGGGCUCCUACAGCCGUGACUAUGGAGAUUACUGUUUUCUAGGAUAUGACGCCGUGUACUUUCGUAGAGAAAAAUAUUCCUCUAAAAAAAUUGUGCCUGAAUAUGAAAUCUUGAUGUCCACCUAAAAGGAUACAAGGCGUCAUAGCCCAGAAGACAUCCUGAAUUCUGUUUUAUUUAGGAUUUCCUUAUGGACGGCUGUCGGUAUCUGAGACUCUAUAGCGUCGAAUGGUAAGAUGUUUGGUGAAUAAUGAAUUAAAAACGAUUUGGAAGGGAAGUCUAAUUGAGGUACUAAGAGGGAAUUUGCUUGGGGGUCGAGGAAAACCACGAAACUUCAAUCAGGAUUUUCGGUGUUGAGGUAUAGAUUGAGCCAACGUGCUCAAUAUCUGUGUUCUCACGCUGCCUAAAUCCCAAAUGUUGUAACACUGCCGAUAUUUCACCCUUUAAAGCCCAGUGGUUACUUCCUGUACCACCUGCUUUAACAUACUGAAACUCUGCUUUUGUCCAAAGGCUGUAUUUAUAUGUUCCUUAUGGUCCUCACAUAAACAAUGAUUGUUUCCCUGAACAGCAUUAACCGGUUGGUCUUUGUAGCAGAGUCGUCAUGUGUUUCCUGUGAGGUACGAGCUGAAUUCUUAUAAACACAUUAUUUCAGUCUUUAAUCUCCGUGUGGAGGCGGAGUCGAAUACCUUCACCAUAUCCUUGCGAGUCGAAGGAGGCGACGAAGAUGGAACCAAUAUGCUUUCAGAUAAAUAAAACGUAACACGUAUUGCCAACGAGAAACCCGUAAUACAUGUAUUUCAGGUUCAUUCAAUUAGAACCGUGUCCAAAAAUUAAGAUUUGCAAGCUAAUGAGACUUCAAAGCCGACCCCGUCUUGCUCUCAUGAGUCUGAGAUCGCUCUUCGACUGGCGCGGCUGAUUGCAUGAAAAUGACCGUGUGCCACUCGCUCGCCUCCGCUGCCCAGCCUUGCCCAUCUGUAUGUACCGCCACCCACUGAUGCGAAUGGAACUUUCGUGUCUGCAAUCUUCGUUACCAGAGUCGCGGGCCGUCACGGGCGAUCGGACGAGCCGGUUUCUUAACGAUUUCAGUUGCGUAGUCGGGCAGUAGCUUUGAGGUAGCUUUUUUAUUACUGUUAUUUCAGGUUUGUUGCAAGCCACUCGGUCGCCCCGAUGUGCGAGCGCUAAGUGUCGGGGGACUGGUGCAUGCAACCGGUUGCGUCUGCUGGAGGGAAAACCGGGGAUAAUACCCACGGGUCAACACAAACAUAAGACCCAUGUAGCCAAUGCAGGGUUAAGAAUGUGUAUUUGUGGGGGCAGAAUUACAGACUUAGUUUUAACGCAGUGUUGCCUACGCAUCUAUGUUGUGAUGUUUUGCACCAUUUCAAAUUUACAAGGUCAAACAUAAGUGAAGAAGACCUUCCAGAUCUUGAUCAUGGGAGGUCUGAGACUGUCACAGUGAUAGAGAAUAAUAUGGUGGUCUUUGAAUAGAUAAUGCGUUUAGUACAGUGGAACAUAAGGACUCCACCAGCAUCUCCCUUGAGACUCUUGAGACAGUCAAGACCCUCGAGAUGCUGGUAGCAACUCACUAGAUUGUAGCACUGUGUCUUAACUUACAAGUCCACAGGAUGAUUGCAGCUUCUUCGCCAGAUGGUACCAAUAAGAAUGUCCCACACCAAAAAUUCAGUGAAAAAGACAAAUCGAAACAUUUUGGCUAUGAUAAGCAGAGCGGCCCUGCUGUGUGGGCUAAGAUGUUUCACUUAUGUGGAGGACACAGUCAGAGCCCCGUGAAGCUGGACACAACAAUCACAGUGACAUAUCACCAUCCCCGCAUCAUGUGGUGGAACUACUCCUUGAAACCUCAAGCGAUGACCAUCUCCAAUAACGGUCACACAGUUCUCCUGAGAGCCAAGUGGGCACGCAAAGAAGACACACCAUACCACUGGUCUGCCCCCAGUUCAGAAGAAUAUGUCUUUGAACAGCUGCACUUCCACUGGGGACAGGACGACCAUUCGGGCAGUGAACACAUGCUGAACAAUGAGAGGUUUGCCCUAGAAAUGCAUGUUGUUCACUAUCGAAGGGAUCUUGGGUCUGUAGAAAACGCUGGUCUUUAUGACUCUGGAAUUCGUGUCAUCGGUGUGUUCUUCCGGAUCUCUGAAGCAGAACAUCACAACGUGGGUCUUCAGCAGAUAGUGCAGCUGCUGCAGACUAUUCGGAUGGCCAACAGCACUGUGGUGCUCUUGGAGCCAUUCCCACUGUCCAGGCUGGUGCCCGAGUUCUCUAACCUCUACCUGACAUAUAAUGGCUCACUCACCACGCCACCUUGUGCAGAAACUGUGUCCUGGGUCAUCCGGAAAGAACCCCUUACUAUCUCCAGGCAGCAGGUUGAAGAAUUCAGGAACCUCAUGAGUGAGGAUGGACAGACAAUCAAACACAACUGGAGACCAGUACAGCCUCUCAAUGGUCGAACUGUCAUACAGAUCCGUUGAUAGAAGAAUCCUCCAAAGAAGAAGAAGAAAACUGCAGUCAUCAAGGAAUAUGAUGCUCUUACACAGCGCAUAUAGAAUAGCAGAGCCACAGCUAUAACAGCUGUAACAGCUGAAGUUGCUUUUAACAUAAUGUAAUAAGGCCACAUCUAUGGCUGUUCUCCUGCAGCUAGGCUUUGUAGCUACUAUACAUGCAUUUUCAUGUACAAUAAAAAGCUUCAAACUGCCACACUAUAAAACUGUAGAUUUUUUAGUUGAAACUUCAUUAUUGUAGAAAUAUGCUGUGAUGUUAGCUAUUAUGUAUCAAAUUUUGUGACUGUAAACAGGCAGUUUUUUAAAUUUCUAAUUUAAAUUUCAGUUAUUCGAUCAAGGAAAUGUGAUUGAAGGACUGAAACUUGCAUGUGGUGCUACUGCUUCAAUGGAAGUGUCAUGUAUCAAGUUUCAUCAAAAUGAGUUAGGACGUAAGGUUAUUUAUGCUGAUGUUUAAAAAGGCCCUUAAAAAUGGGCCAAACCAAAUCAAAAUGAAAAUGAAAACCAAAUGGCUGGACAAAAUUUAAUGUAGAUCUAUCAUUCUAAGUUUGGACAAGAUUGGUCUGGUUGAUUACGCACUUUUAAGAUGGAAAGAUGGACAUGGCAAAACUAAUUGGUGCAUGCAACAUCCCUGGACUUGACACACAUUUCUAAUACAGAGGUUCCUCAGUUUGUGUGCAGUAACAGAAACAACUUGGGGGUGUGUUCUCCUUAUUGACUGUUUGCAGGGGGGAAACUUCCUGGAUGCUGAACUUUGUCACUUGGAGCGGCAGUUUCUUUUAGAGAUGUCUCUCUAGGAAAUACAACGGAGAAUAACACUUGGAUCCAGUUUUAGCAAAUUCUAAAUCAUACUCCUUCAUCCUGCUUGCAGCAGUUUGUGCCGCAGUCCUUUGCAGUGAUGACCUUUCCUGGUGGUGUGUUUUGCUUAGUGGGGGGUGGAAUCUAGCUGGGUCCACUUGGCAUGGCAGCCACUGAUUGGCCU